UUGCUGCAAAUUUUCCGACCGGAAGGCAGGGCGCGGGCGUGAGAUGAAAACCUUACCCGAACGUGAAAAUACUCUAUUUUCCCAUCUAGACUCUAAUAACAUUGGGGCAAAAUGAUCGAGUGAUUGCAAAUGUGUGCGUGCGCGGUGUUCGUGUGUUAGUGAAUGAUGUUUUUGAAGAAAUAUGUAACGAUAUACGCACUGCUGAUAAUCGGUCUACUGGACGGCGCUAAAACUAAGCGGAGCUAUUCUGACCAAUCCGUACGAGGUUAUGUCACAGAGAGGACAUGCUGGUGGAACGAAGUGUGCAAGGAGGAGUUUCAGACUCUGUUCCGGUGUAAGUGUCCGUCGUGGUCGUACUGCCGCAGCCCCGGCCGCUACUACAACGCCGUCUGCUCCAUGACCGAGACUGGGUACAUCUGGGAUCAACCCAACUCGGAGUUCAAGGCGGGAGAAUGAAGAAACGGAUCAACAUAAAGAAAUAUUUACUCAAUAAGAUGCACAAGAUUAACUGUUCAGUCAGAAGAAGCCUGCACUUGAACCCAUACGUCAUAUUCUCGUAGCUUUUCACACAGUCGAAUCUCCAAACGUGCCAGCUAUCAACGAUUCUAAUUUGAGACUGAGUAUUUCGUUAGAGGAAAGAAAUGAAAUUUCGCCAUCUAUUUUCGUAUUUGCAAAAUUGAAGAACAUCCAUGUGGCGCAUUUUUUGACCAAUUUUGUUCGGAAGAGUAUUGUUAUGUGAAAAUAAAUGUAACUAUGUUUAGCUA